GGAAAACAAUGGUGGUGGCCUCUCCAAACCCAAUUGGAAGUGAGAAGCUCAUAGCUGUGGAGGUUCCAAUAAUAGACCUCGCAGCUAGGGGACCGAAGGUAGCAGAGCUGAUAGUGAAAGCUAGUCAAGAGUAUGGUUUCUUCAAGGUGAUCAACCAUGGAGUUCCUGAGGAUGUGAUCAGGAAGAUGGAAGAAGAGAGUUUUAACUUCUUUGGGAAACCAGCCUCAGAGAAGAAAAAAGCUGGGCCAGCACAGCCAUUUGGCUAUGGCUGCAAGAACAUAGGGUUUAAUGGUGAUAUGGGCGAGGUUGAAUACCUUCUGUUCAACACCAACCCUCACUGCAUUUCUCAGAGAUCAGAAACUAUCUCCAAUGACCCAACAAAGUUCAGCUCUGCUGUGAGUGGUUACAUACAAGCAGUUACAGAUCUGGCAUGUGAAGUUUUGGAUCUGAUGGCAGAGGGAUUGUGGGUCCAGAACACUUCAGUCUUCAGCAGCCUCAUCACACAUCUUGACAGUGACUCAGUCUUCAGGCUCAAUCACUAUCCUCCUCCUCUUAAGGACAGGGACACUUCACCUUCUUCCUCAUUUCAGAUUCAUCAUCAGGGCAACAACAUUGGAUUUGGAGAGCAUUCUGACCCUCAGAUCCUGACCAUCUUGAGAUCCAACGAUGUGGGUGGCCUCCAAAUUUGUCUGGGAGACGGGGUUUGGGUCCCAGUCCCCCCUGACCCCACCAGCUUCUGUGUUAACGUGGGGGACUUGUUGCAGGCCAUGACAAAUGGGAGGUUUGUGAGCGUGAGACACAGAGCCUUGACCAAUUCAGACAAGCCCAGAAUGUCAAUGGCCUUUUUUGGAGCUCCACCUCUUCAUGCAUUGAUCACUUCUCCCCCAGAGGUGGUCACACCUGAGAGGCCUUCUCUUUACAGGCCAUUCACUUGGGCUGAAUACAAGGAAAUUACAUACUCUCUUCGGCUCGGGGACAGUCGUCUGAACCUUUUCAAAGCCUGCCCAGACAAGGAAGCUCAAGAGUGAUGAAUAAAAUGCAUGGUCAAGCAAUCUCCAACGCCAAAUUUUGCUUAUAAGUUUCCGCUAAUUAGAUGAUAUAUGUGGUUUUAGCUAGCCUGGAUGAGUGUGUGUAUACAGAAGAAAUGGUUUCUACUAGUGUAAUUCUGUAAUCAAUGGAAAGUUUUUUCUCCCAA